CCCAAACUUCUCCAUCUCUCCCCCCAGACCCAUAAGUCGACAAUAUGGAUGAUAAUCUGACUUGUCAGGGACCGCUACAACGCGACGUUGCUCCAAGCGCCGAGACCCCGGAAUCCGAAUCAAGUGCGGCACGAGCGCGCCAAUCACCGCUCGAAACACGAAAACGCGGCAGCCUCUCAGAACCUGAUAGUCUUCGCAAAUCGAGGAAAGUCAGUAGGGCUUGUGACUUUUGCAAGGCAAGGAAGGCUAAAUGCAGCGGCGAACAACCAUGCGCCAAGUGUGCGACAAAGGGCCUCAUCUGUUCCUAUGAGACCAAGUACACAAGAGGCCGUCCGCCAACACCGCCGCCCUCGACGACUCAUGGCGCCAAUGAUUCGCGCGUCUCACAGCCACCAAAUAACUCUUCUUGCCUGAAUACGACGGUACAAAGACAGCUCAAUACAAUUGACGCUGCCAGUACAGUUCCUCAGCGUUCAGCAGGCGUUGGCGACAGCAAGGCACCAUCCAGGGCCUCCCCAGAAGUCAGCGUCGCAGAGAUUCAAGGUCAGGUGUUUGACCCUACUUCUGGUCUCACAUUCCUUCACCGUGCUUUAAAGCGAUUCUCAGAUCAGAGGAAAAUCGUCGCGCAGGAUAAUAACUCCAAUUCAGCCGGCCAAACAGCAAUGACUGGCGGAGAUAAGCCAUUACCUUCCCAUCCUGACAUUGAUGGUUUCAAACUCCCCGAUCCUGUAGACGCGCGAUUCUUGUUGACACUCUACUUUGAUGUCUGUAUCGCUACUUAUCGUAUCUUGCACAAGUCUACGGUGGAAACGUGGCUAAGUACAAUGGAACAAAAUAUGCAGUCCAGGGACCUUAUCUGGAAGGGUUUGGGCCGUGCAAAAGCAGCAAUUGUCCUUGUUGUUCUGGCAAUCGGCUCCCUUCAUCGAGCGAAGUCCGAGGGCUUCCUAUCCACGGAAGCAGAAGAUCAAGCACUUGCUAAGAGCGACACAUUCUUUACUAUUUCCGCCAGAUUAGUUGAUGAAGAGACAAACUCUGGAUUCCCCAGACUCGAGUCAGCCCAGGCGAAGUUGAUCCAAGUGCUUUACCUCCUCACAACAUCUAGGUUCAAUCAAGGCUGGUAUAUGUUCGGCAACGUGCUGCAAUUAGUCUCAGCGCUGGGGCUACAUCGUCGGAUUAGACGGCACAGUAAGAGCUCGAUGGAUUACAUUCGUGCUCAGUGUGACAUCCGGACGUUUUGGACCACAUAUAUCCUUGACAACUAUCUGGGCGUCAUCUUCGGCCGUCCAAGGCACUAUCACGAUGACGAUAUUGAUCAAGACUACCCCGACAGGGUUGACGAUGACGAUAUGACACCUGCGGGGCCUCUCAAAGAUUUUGAAGAGCAACAGGACUGUAGCAUCGAUGCACUGAUCUUCCACGCAAAGAUUGCGAGGAUCAUCGGUUCUAUAUCGCGACAAGUUUACAGCCCUCAAGACAAAUCUAUACAGGACCGAUGCGCUGCGGCAGAUCGUCUUGCACGGAGCGUACAUGAUUGGCAUUCCGAUCUACCGGUUCACCUGGGCUCUGUACGCCCUUCGAUGCUAAUCCCUAGGUACCGAAGACAAGCAACCGUCCUUAAACUUGCCCAUUCACAUGCCAUAAUGCACGCUAAUAGGCUUUGCCUCCUGAAGGUUUCAUCUUCUGGGUACGAAAGCCAAAUCAACGAGUGCAUUGAAGCUGCCAAAAGUGUUCUACAGGCGGUUGACCAUCUCGCACAAGAAGGUCCUAUAUUCCACGCCUUCUGGUGGACUCACUAUGUUACCUUCUGCGCUCUCAUGGUCACUUACGUCUGGGAGGCCCAGCAGCGACGGACCUUUGGAUCCGAAUGGGAAGAAAAGACUUCUUCACGCCGAUUGAUACGGCUAGCUGAAAGAUGUCAGAUGCAUUUAGCAAAUGCGACCGCUUCCAACUCACCAAGUCGGCGAUAUGCUGUCAUUCUAGAGGAGUUGAGAACCACGGCUUCUAUGGAAACAGAAACAAAUACUACACAGGCAAAUGCAGGGCAGAUGAACAUGUCCGCAACAGACGAUUUAUCGACACUUAUCGAUUCCUCCAGCGGAACAACAGUCAGUAUGGGUCAGGAGUUUGGAGGGUUCGAGAACUUGCCGCCUGUGGAGGUGCAUCCUCUUGAUGAAUGGGAUACCAUGGAUUGGCUAGCUCUUGAUUCGUCUGCGUUCUGGCCAUACUUUGACGGCGACACUGACGAGGCUUCAAAUAUGCACGGCGUUCUUCAAUCAGGGAUCGGAAAUAUGAUAUGAUAUAAUUUCGUAGCGUGGCGAUAUAAAAUGUAUUCAGCCUUCUCUUCCUUUUAUCGAUCCACCUAAAAUAUGUAUCUAUUCGCACAGGCUCGUGGUUCUGUCCAGUGAGGAUAUGCUAGAUAGUUCUACAAAGCCAUUAUUCAC